AUGCAGACACUUGUUUUACUCAAUCUUUAUUCAAACCAAAUCGAUGAUAAAGGUGCACAAUAUCUUGCACAUGCAUUACAAGAUAACAUGACACUUACAACACUUCGGCUUCAAAGCAACUGUAUUGAUAGUAAAGGUGCAAAAUAUAUACUUCAAUCAUUAGAACAUAACAUCACACUUACUACACUUGACAUUGCUCAAAAUGAAAUAGGAGAUCAAGGAGUGCAACAAGUAGCUCAAACAUUACAAAUUAACAAGACACUCGAUAUACUUAAUCUUCAGUUUAAUGCAAUCGGUAAUAAAGGAACAAAAUAUUUGGCUCAAGCAUUACAAAAAAACGCAACACUUACAACACUUGAUUAUGGAUCGAACAAAAUUGAUAUUAAUGGAAUACAACAUCUAACUCAAGCAUUAAAUAACAACACAGCACUCAACAACUUUACCCUUCGAAGUACUGAUAUUGAUGCUAGUGGAGCACAAUGUUUAGCUGAAACACUUACCAUUCUUAAUCUAGAAAGUGCUAAUAUACGUUCUGUAGGAGCACAAUAUCUUGCUCAAGGAUUACAGAAUAACAAAGUCAAAUAA